GGGUUCAACAUGAGAAAUCAGGCACAAAGGUUCAGAAUGGCCACUUCCACAAGAAGUUCAGAGAAAAUCUCCACAGCAUAUUCCAGGAUCUCGAGGACAAAAUAAUAACAUUUUUGAAGUACGAGCUGGAAAAGUUUAAGAAAAUAUUAAAAAAGGAAAACACACAAUACUUUGUGAGAGAUAAAGAUGACAUGUGCAGUAUCAAAGAAUCAGCUCUUGAUCUCACACUCCACUUCCUGAGAGAGAUGAAGGAAGAUGAAGCUGCUGAUACUCUGGAAGAUAAGCUGGUCUUCAUGCAUCUCAAAUCAAACCUAAAGAAAAAGUAUCAACGUGUGUUUGAAGGAAUUGCAAAGCAAGGUGACGCUACACUUCUGAAUAACAUCUACACAGACCUCUAUAUCACUCAGGGUUGUAGUGAACAGGUCAAUACUGAACAUGAGGUAAGACAGAUUGAAGUUACUUCCAGACGUUCUGAAUCACAGGAAAUACAGGUUGAAUGCACUCAUUUAUUUAAACCUGGAAAAGACAAGAAGAUCAAAACUGUACUAACAAAAGGAGUUGCUGGAAUCGGAAAAUCAGUCUCUGUGCAAAAGUUUGUUCUGGAUUGGGCUGAAGGAAAAGAAAAUCAAGAUAUCAGCUUCAUAUUUCCUCUUCCAUUCAGAGAGAUGAACUUACAGGAUAAAGAAAAACAAAGUUUGAUGGACCUUAUUGCUCAGUUUUUCCCAGAGACAAAAGGACUGAAUCUUGCAAAGAGGAAUAUGUACAAAGUCCUGUUCAUCCUUGAUGGAUUGGAUGAGUUUCGUCUUCCUCUAAACUUUAAGGAUAAUGAGACAUUGUGUGAUGUAUUGUCUCCAGCAUCGCUGGAUGUUCUUCUGACGAAUCUCAUCAAGGGAAAUCUGCUUCCUUCUGCUCUCAUCUGGAUCACCACCAGACCAGCAGCUGCCAGUAAGAUUCCUCCUGACUGUAUCGACCGGGUGACAGAGAUACGAGGAUUCAAUGAUGCACAAAAGGAGGAGUACUUCAGAAAAAGAUUCAAAAAUGAGAAUCAGGCCAAAGAAAUCAUUGAUCAUGUUAAAAAAUCAAAGAGUCUCUUUAUCAUGUGCCACAUCCCAGUCUUCUGCUGGAUUUCAGCCACUGUUCUCCAAAACAUUUUGGAAAUGAAAACAAAUAAUGAUCUGAAGAACAAUCAGGCUGAUGACGCAUCCAAAACACUGCAGGAAUCAAACACUGUAGAGACUCCUAAGACUCUGACACAAAUGUACACACACUUUCUCCGCUUUCAGAUCCAGCAGAGCAGACGAAAAUAUGAUGGAGAUUACACACCAGAUGUUUCCUGGGAUAAAGAUGCCAUCCUUUCACUGGGAAAACUGGCAUUUCAACAACUGGAAAGAAACAAUGUGAUCUUCUAUGAAUCAGACCUGGAAGCCUGUGGUAUUGACGUCUAUAAAGCAUCAGUGUAUUCAGGCAUGUGUACCCAGAUCUUUAAGGAGGAAACAGGGAUCAUUCUUGGUACCAUAUACUGCUUUGUUCACUUGAGCAUUCAAGAGUUUAUUGCAGCCCUUUAUGCACAUCUGUUUCUAGACAUCAACAAGAAAAGUGUGUUUGGUCAUGAGUCUACAAAACAAGACAGCAAAAAGAAAACCUUGACUGAUUUGCUCAAGACUGUAGUAGACAAAGCGCUUGAGAGUGACAAUGGACAUCUGGACCUUUUCCUUCGUUUUCUUCUUGGCCUGUCAAUCCAGUCCAACCGGCUGCUGUUACAAGGUCUGUUGACACAGCAAGAUGAAAAUGACCAAAGCAAAAAUGAAAUUGUUCAGUACAUCAAGCAGAAAUUUGAAGCUAAUCUGUCUCCUGAGAGAUCCAUCAAUCUGUUCUACUGUCUGAAUGAACUGAAUGAUCAAACUCUGGUGAAAGAAAUUCAGACCCACCUUAGCAAAGGAAGUCUCUCACCUGCUGAACUUUCUCCUGGUCAGUGGUCUGCUUUGGCCUUUGUGCUGUUGACAUCAAAGGAAGAGCAAGAGGAGUUUGAGCUUCAGAAAUUCAAGAAAUCAGAUGAGUGUCUUAUUAGAUUAUCAGCAGUCAUCAAAAACUCCAAAAUAGCUCUCCUGAAUGAUUGUGACUUAACAGACAGAAGCUGUUCAGCUCUGGCUACAGUUCUUGGUUCAGAUACCAAUCUGAAAGAGCUGAACAUGAACAAUAAUAAUCUGCAGGAUCCAGGAGUGAAGCUGCUCUGCACUGGACUAGAAAAUUUAAAGUGUGAACUGGAGAUACUUAGACUCUCUGACUGUGGUAUCACUGAAGAGGGUUAUAAAGCUCUGGCUUCAGCUCUGAGAUCAAACCCUUCACACCUGAAAGAGCUGGAUCUCACAGGAAAUGAUCCUGGACAAUCAGGAGUGAAGGAGCUCAGUGAUUUACUACAGGAUCCAAACUGUCAGCUGAAGACACUGAGGUUUUUGAGACCUGAUGCAAAUGAAGCAUGUCAGUAUGUGACUGGAAUUGUGGGUAAAAAUCCAUUACUCCUGAGAGAACUGAAUCUGAGUGAAAAUGAACUAGGAGUCACACGAUUGAAUCAGAUCACUGCGUUACUGCAGGAUAAACACUGUAAACUCAACACACUACAGCUGCGUGGUUGUGGUCUAACAGAAGAAAACUGUUCAAUUCUCGCUACAGUCCUGAGAUCAAACUGCAGUCUGAAAGAACUUGACAUGAGCAACAAUAAUCUGCAAGAUUCAGGAGUGAAGAAACUCAAGAAUGGAUUAGAAGAUACAAACUGCACACUGGAGAAACUUGGACUUUCAGACUGCAGUAUCACUGAAGAAGGUUAUAAAGCUCUGGCUUCAGCUCUGAGAUCAAACCCUUCACACCUGAUAGAGCUGGAUCUCAGAGGAAAUGAUCCUGGACAAUCAGGAGUGAAGGAGCUCAGUGAUUUACUACAGGAUCCAAACUGUCAACUGAAGACACUGAGGUUUUUGGGACCUGAUGCAAAUGAAGCCUGUCAGUAUGUGACUGGUAUUGUGGGUAAAAACCCGUUACUCCUGAGAGAACUGAAUCUGAGUGAACAUGAACUAGGAGACACACGAGUGAAUCAGAUUGCUGCUCUACUGCAGGAUAAACACUGUAAACUCAACACACUGAUUCUGAAUAACAGCGAUAUCACAGAAGAAGGUUGUCAUGUUCUGGCUGCAGCUCUGAAUUCAAAUCCAUCAAAUCUGAAAGAGCUGGAUCUGAGUAUGAAUAAACUAGGAAACUCAGGAAUGAAGAUUAUAUUGACUCUCUUUGAAAAUGUAAUGUGUAGACUGGAAAAGCUGAAGUUGAACUUCAUCAGUAUUACAGGUGAAGGUUGUGCUGCUCUGGCGUCAGCAUUUAAUUCAAACCUCAGAGAGCUGGAUCUGAGCGAGAAUCAACUAGGAAACUUAGGAGUAACAGAAAUCUCCAGUCUGCUGAGAAAUUCACAAUGCACACUACAGAUACUCAGACUUUCAGACUGCAAUAUAACUGAAGAAGGUUAUAAAGCUCUGGCUUCAGCUCUGAGAUCAAACCCUUUACACCUGAUAGAGCUGGAUCUCACAGGAAAUGAUCCUGGACAAUCAGGAGUGAAGGAGCUCAGUGAUUUACUAUUGGAUCCAAACUGUCAACUGAAGACACUGAGGUUUUUGGAUCCUGCUGCAGAUGAAGCCUGUCAGUAUGUGAAUACAGUUCUGGGUGAAAACCUGUUACUGCUAAGAGAGCUGAAUCUGAGUAAACAUGAACUAGGACUUUCAGGAUUGAACAAACUUUCUGUGGUACUGCAGGAUAAACACUGUAAACUCAACAAACUGAUUCUGAAUAACAGCGAUAUCACAGAAGAAGAGUCAUAUAUUCUGACUGCAGCUUUAAAUUCAAACCCUUCAAAUCUGACAGAACUGAAUCUGAGUGAAACUAAACUCAGAAACUCAGGAAUGAAAAUCUUCUCAACUCUGUUUAAGAAUGAACAGUGUAGACUGAAAAAACUGAUGCUUAAUUGCAUCAAUAUUACAGAAGAAGGUUGUGCUGCUCUGGCAUCAGCAUUUAGUUCAAAUCCUUCAAACCUGAUAGAGCUGGAUCUAAGUGGAAAUAAAAUAGAAAACUCUGGAGUGAGUGAAAUCUCCACUCUAUUGGCAAACUCUUGGUGCACACUGCAGAUACUCAGACUUUUAGACUGCAGUAUCACUGAAGAAGGUUAUAAAGCUCUGGCUUCAGGUCUGAGAUCAAACCCUUCACACCUGAUAGAGCUGGAUCUCACAGGAAAUGAUCCUGGACAAUCAGGAGUGAAGGAGCUCAAUGAUUUACUGCUGGAUCCAAACUGUCAACUGAAGACACUGAGGUUUUUGGGUCCUGCUGCAGAUGAAGCCUGUCAGUAUGUGACAGGAAUUGUGGGUAAAAACCCGUUACUCCAGAAAGAACUGAAUCUGAGUGAACAUGAACUAGGAGACACACGAGUGAAUCAGAUCUCUGCUCUACUGCAGGAUAAACACUGUACACUCAACACACUGACUCUGUGUGGGUGCAGUAUUACGGAGAAACAGUGUCUCAUCCUGACCUCAGCUCUGUGUUCAAACCUUUCACACCUGAGAGAACUGGACCUGUGCCGGAAUGUACUAAAUGACACAGGAGUGAAUCACUUAUGUGAUGUCCUACAGCAUUCACACUGUAAAUUGGAGCGAUUGAGUAUAAGCUGCUGUUAUAUGUCAGACGAAGGUUGUUCUGCUGUGACUUCAGCUCUGAGAUCAAACCCUUCACAUCUGAGAGAACUGAACCUGAGCUGGAAUCAACUUGGAGACUCUGGAGUGAAAAACCUCAGUGAUCUACUGAAGAACACACAAUUCAAGCUGGAAAUACUAGCUCUGUGUAAUUGCAUGAUUACCGACAAAGAGUGUCUUAUCCUGACCUCAGCUGUGAUAUCAAACCCAUCACACCUGAGAGAACUGAAGCUCAGUGGGAAUCAACUUGGAGACUCUGGAGUUGAAAACCUUGGGCUUCUACUGAGCAGUUCGCAAUGCAAAAUGAAGAAACUACAUCUGUGUGAAUGCAGUAUCACAGAGAGACAGUGUUUCAUUCUGACUUCAGCUCUGAAAUCAAACCCAUCACACCUGAGAGAACUGAAGCUCAACGGGAAUCAAAUAAAAAACGAAGGAAUGAAUCAAUUAUGUGAAUUACUGAAGGAUCAACACUGUAAACUGGAGAAACUGUGUCUGAAUAACAGCGAUAUCACAGAAGAAGAUUGUCGUGUUCUGACUGAAGCUUUAAAUUCAAACCCUUCAAAUCUGACAGAACUGAAUCUGAGUGAAACUAAACUCAGAGACUCGGGAAUGAAGAUAUUCUCGACUCUGUUUAAGAAUGAACAGUGUAGACUGAAAAAACUGAAGUUUAAUUGCACCAGCAUUACAGAAGAAGGUUGUGCUGCUCUGGCAUCUGCAUUUGAUUCAAAUCCUUCAAACCUGAUCGAGCUGGAUCUGAGUGGAAAUAAAAUAGAAAACUCUGGAGUGACUGAAAUAUCCACUCUACUGGGAAAUUCUCAGUGCACACUGCAGAUACUCAGACUGUCAGACUGCAGUAUCACUGAAGAAGGUUAUAAAGCUCUGGCUUCAGCUCUGAGAUCAAACCCUUCACACCUGAUAGAGCUGGAUCUCACAGGAAAUGAUCCUGGACAAUCAGGAGUGAAGCAGCUCAGUGAUUUACUACAGGAUCCAAACUGUCAACUGAAGACACUGAGGUUUUUGGGUCCUGCAGCAGAUGAAGGCUGUCAGUAUGUGACUGGAAUUGUGGGUAAAAAUACGUUACUCCUGAGAGAACUGAAUCUGAGUGAACAUGAACUAGGAGACACACGAGUGAAUCAGAUCUCUGCUCUACUGCAGGAUAAACACUGUAAACUUAACACACUGAUACUGAAAAAUAACAAUAUUACAGAAGAAGGUUGUGCUGCUCUGACUUCAGCGUUUAAAUCAAAUCCUUCAAACCUGAUCGAGCUGGAUCUGGGUGGAAAUAAACUAGAAAACUCAGGGAUACAGAAGAUAUGUCCUCUGUUCAAAAGCACAGAAUGCAAAUUGGAAAAACUAAAACUUUCAGACUGCAGGCUCACUGAAGAAGGUUAUAAAGCUCUGGCUUCAGCUCUGAGAUCAAACCCUUCACACCUGAUAGAGCUGGAUCUCACAGGAAAUGAUCCUGGACAAUCAGGAGUGAAGGAGCUCAGUGAUUUACUACAGGAUCCAAACUGUCAACUGAAGACACUGAGGUUUUUGAAAAGUCCUGCUGCAGAGGAAGCGUGUGACUAUCUCACUAAAGUUCUGGGUAAAAGUCCAUUACUUCUGACAGAACUGGAUCUGAGUGAAGAUAAAUUAGGAGAUCUGGAUGGAGAGAAACUCUCUGCUCUUUUGAUGGACUCUCAUAGCAAACUGGAGACAAUGAAGCUGAAUAAUUGUGAGCUGACAGAGAAAAGCUGUUCAGUUCUAGCUACUGUUAUCUCCUCCAAAACCAUCCUGAAAGAGAUGAACCUGAACAACAGCCGUCUGCUGGACUCAGGAGUCAAAGAGAUCUGUGAGGGACUGAAGAAUCCUGUGUGUGAGCUGAAGAUACUCAAGCUCAGUAAGUGUAAUCUAACAGAUGGAAGCUGUUCAGCUCUUGCUACGGUUCUCAGUUCAGACUCCAGCAGUUUGAGGGAUCUUGAUCUGAGCAAUAAUAAUCUGGAAGAUUCAGGAGUCAGGCUGCUGUCUGAUGGCCUGAAAGAGAACUGUAAGCUAGAGAAGCUCUGUCUUUCAGACUGCAGUAUCACUGAAGAAGGUUAUAAAGCUCUGGCUUCAGCUCUGAGAUCAAACCCUUCACACCUGAUAGAGCUGGAUCUCAGAGGAAAUGAUCCUGGACAAUCAGGAGUGAAGCAGCUCAAUGAUUUACUACAGGAUCCAAACUGUAAACUGAAGACACUGAGGUUUUUGGGUGCUGCUGCAGAUGAAGCCUGUCAGUUUGUGAGUGGAAUUGUGGGUGAAAACCCGUUACUCCUGAGAGAGCUGAAUCUGAGUGAACAUGAACUAGGAGACACACGAGUUAAUCAGAUCUCUGCUCUACUGCGGGAUAGACAUUGUAAAUUCAACACACUGACGCUGAAUAACAACAGAAUUACAGAAAAAGGUUUUGCUGCUCUGACUUCAGUGUUUAUUUCAAAUCCCUCAAACCUGAUAGAGCUGGAUCUGAGUGGAAAUAAACUAGGAAACACUGGGAUCAAGAAGAUCUGUAUUUUGUUGAGAAAUCCACAAUGUAGCUUGAAGAAACUGAAACUUUCAGACUGCAGUAUCACUGAAGAAGGUUAUAAAACUCUGACUUCAUCUCUGAAGUCAAACUCAAACCUGAUAGAGGUGGAUCUCACAGGAAAUGAUCCUGGACAAUCAGGAGUGCAGGGUCUCAUUGAUUUACUGAGAGGUGGAUGCUGUAAAUUAAAGACUGUCAGGUUUUUGAAAAGUUCAGCUGCACAGGAAGCGUGUGACUAUCUGAGUCAAGUUCUUGGUACAAAUCCAUUAGUACUAACGGAACUGGACCUGAGUGAAGAUAAAUUAGGAGAUCUGGAUGGAGAGAAACUCUCUGCUCUUUUGAUGGACUCUCAUAGCAAACUGGAGACAAUGAAGCUGAAUAAUUGUAGGCUGACAGAGAAAAGCUGUUCAGUUCUAGCUACUGUUCUCUCCUCCAAAACCAUCCUGAAAGAGAUGAACCUGAACAACAGCCGUCUGCUGGACUCAGGAGUCAAAGUGAUCUGUGAGGGACUGAAGAAAUCUAAGCUAGAGAUAUUAAAACUUUCAGACUGUGGUAUCACAGAAGAAGGUUAUAAAGCUCUGGCUUCAGCUCUGAGAUCAAACCCUUCACACCUGAUAGAGCUGGAUCUGACAGAAAAUGAUCCUGGACAAACAGGAGUGAAGGAACUCAGUGAUUUACAAAAGGGAGGGUGGUUUUCAUCCAAAAAACUGAAAACCCUGAGGUUUUUGGGUCCAGCUGCAGAUAAAGCCUGUAAAUAUCUGACCGAAGUUCUUCACAUUAAAAACCCAUUACUCCUGAGAGAACUGGAUCUGAGUGAACAUAAACUAGGAGACACAGGAGUGAAUCAGAUCUCUGCUCUACUGCAGGAUAAACACUGUAAACUCAACACACUGAUUCUGCAUAAGUGUGGUCUAACAGAGGAAAGCUGUUCAGCUCUCGCUACAGUCCUGAAAUCAAAAUCGAGUCUGAAAGAACUUGACAUGAGCAACAAUAAUCUGCAGGAUUCAGGAAUAAAGAAACUCCAGAACGGAUUAGAAGAUAAAAACUGCACACUCAAGAAACUAAGACUUUCAGACUGCAGUAUCACUGAAGAAGGUUAUAAAGCUCUGGCUUCAGCUCUGAGAUCAAACCCUUCACACCUGAUAGAGCUGGAUCUCACAGGAAAUGAUCCUGGACAAUCAGGAGUGAAGGAGCUCACUGAUUUACUACAGGAUCCAAACUGUCAACUGAAGACACUGAGGUUUUUGGGUCCAGCUGCAGAAGAAGCCUGUAAAUAUCUGACUGAAGUUCUUCACAUUAAAAACCCGUUACUCCUGAGAGAACUGGAUCUGAGUGAAUGUAAACUAGGAGACACAGGAGUGAAUCAGAUCUCUGCUCUACUGCAGGAUAAACACUGUACACUCAACACACUGAUGUUGAAGAAUAGCAGUAUCACAGCAGAAGGUUGUGCUGCUCUGAUUUCAGCGUUUGAUUCAAAUCCUUCAAACCUGAUCGAGCUGGAUCUGAGUGGAAAUAAACUCGGAAACUCAGGAAUAGAGAAGAUCUUUCUUCUGUUGAAAAAUCCUCAAUGCAAAUUCAUGAAACUGAAACUCUCAGAGUGCAGUAUCACUGAAGAAGGUUAUAAAGCUCUGGCUUCAGCUCUGAGAUCAAAUCCUUCACACCUGAUAGAGCUGGAUCUCACAGGAAAUGAUCCUGGACAAUCAGGAGUGAAGCAGCUCAGUGAUUUACUACAGGAUAAACAGUGUUCAUUAAAGACCGUCAGGUUUUUGAAAAGUCCUGCUGCACAGGAAGCGUGUGAGUACCUCACUAAAGUUCUGGGCACAAGUCCAUUAUUACUGACAGAACUGGAUCUGAGUGAAGAUAAAUUAGGAGAUCUGGAUGGAGAGAAGCUCUCUGCUCUUUUGAUGGACUCUCACAGCAAACUGGAGAAAAUGAAGCUGAAUAAUUGUGAGCUGACAGAGAAAAGCUGUUCAGUUCUAGCUACUGUUCUCUCCUCCAAAACCAUCCUGAAAGAGAUGAACCUGAACAACAGUCGUCUGCUGGACUCAGGAGUCAAAGUGAUCUGUGAGGGACUGAAGAAUCCUGUGUGUGAACUGAAGAUACUCAAACUCUCAGACUGCAGUAUCACUGAAGAAGGUUAUAAAGCUCUGGCUUCAGCUCUGAGAUCAAACCCUUCACACCUGAUAGAGCUGGAUCUCACAGGAAAUGAUCCUGGACAAUCAGGAGUGAAGGAGCUCAGUGAUUUACUACAGGAUCCAAACUGUCAACUGAAGACACUGAGGUUUUUGGGUCCUACUGCAGAUGAAGCCUGUCAGUAUGUGAAAGGAAUUGUGGGUAAAAACCCAUUACUCCUGAGAAAACUGAAUCUGAGUGAAUGUAAGCUGCGAGUGAAUCAGAUCUCUGCUCUACUGCAGGAUAAACACUGUAAACUCAACACACUGAUUCUGAAUAACAGUGAUAUCACAGAAGAAGAUUGUCGUGUUCUGACUGAAGCUUUAAAUUCAAACCCUUCAAAUCUGACAGAACUGAAUCUGAGAGGAACUAAACUCAGAGACUCGGGAAUGAAGAUCUUCUCAACUCUGUUUAAGAAUGAACAGUGUAGACUGAAAAAACUGAAGUUUAAUUCUGUCUGUAUUACUGAAGAAAGUUGUUCUGUUCUGGUAUCAGCAUUCAAUUCAAAUCCUUCAAACCUGAUCGAGCUGGAUCUGAGUGGAAAUAAACUCGGAGACUCUGGAGUGACUCAAAUCUCCAGUCUACUGGGAAAUGUACAGUGUUCACUGCAGAUACUCAGACUGUCAGACUGCAGUAUCACUGAAGAAGGUUAUAAAGCUCUGGCUUCAGCUCUGAGAUCAAACCCUUCACACCUGAUAGAGCUGGAUCUCACAGGAAAUGAUCCUGGACAAACAGGAGUGAAGGAGCUUAAUGAUUUACUACAGGAUCCAAACUGUCAACUGAAGACACUGAGGUUUUUGGGUCCAGCUGCAGAAGAAGCCUGUAAAUAUCUGACUGAAGUUCUUCACAUUAAAAACCCGUUACUCCUGAAAGAACUGGAUCUGAGUGAACAUGAACUAGGAGACACAGGAGUGAAUCAGAUCUCUGCUCUACUGCAGGAUACACACUGUAAAGUCAGCACACUGAUGUUGAAGAAUAGCAGUAUUACAGCAGAAGGUUGUGCUGCUCUGAUUUCAGCGUUUGAUUCAAAUCCUUCAAACCUGAUCGAGCUGGAUCUGAGUGGAAAUAAACUCGGAAACUCAGGAAUAGAGAAGAUCUUUCUUCUGUUGAAAAAUCCUCAAUGCAAAUUCAUGAAACUGAAACUCUCAGAGUGCAGUAUCACAGAAGAAGGUUAUAAAGCUCUGGCUUCAGCUCUGAGAUCAAACCCUUCACACCUGAUAGAGCUGGAUCUCACAGGAAAUGAUCCUGGACAAUCAGGAGUGAAGCAGCUCAGUGAUUUACUACAGGAUAAACAGUGUUCAUUAAAGACCGUCAGGUUUUUGAAAAGUCCUGCUGCACAGGAAGCGUGUGAGUACCUCACAAAAGUUCUGGGCACAAGUCCAUUAUUACUGACAGAACUGGAUCUGAGUGAAGAUAAAUUAGGAGAUCUGGAUGGAGAGAAGCUCUCUGCUCUUUUGAUGGACUCUCACAGCAAACUGGAGAAAAUGAAGCUGAAUAAUUGUGAGCUGACAGAGAAAAGCUGUUCAGUUCUAGCUACUGUUCUCUCCUCCAAAACCAUCCUGAAAGAGAUGAACCUGAACAACAGUCGUCUGCUGGACUCAGGAGUCAAAGAGAUCUGUGAGGGAUUGAAGAAUCCUGUGUGUGAACUGAAGAUACUCAAACUUUCAGACUGCAGUAUCACUGAAGAAGGUUAUAAAACUCUGGCUUCAGCUCUGAGAUCAAACCCUUCACACCUGAUAGAGCUGGAUCUCACAGGAAAUGAUCCUGGACAAUCAGGAGUGAAGGAGCUCAGUGAUUUACUACAGGUUAAAAACCAUAAACUAAAACUGAGGUUUUUGGGUCCUACUGCAGAUGAAGCCUGUCAGUAUGUGAAAGGAAUUGUGGGUAAAAACCCAUUACUCCUGAGAAAACUGAAUCUGAGUGAAUGUAAGCUGCGAGUGAAUAAGAUCACUGCUCUACUGCAGGAUAAACACUGUAAACUCAACACACUGAUUCUGAAUAACAGCGAUAUCACAGAAGAAGAUUGUCGUGUUCUGACUGAAGCUUUAAAUUCAAACCCUUCAAAUCUGACAGAACUGAAUCUGAGUCAAACUAAACUCAGAGACUCGGGAAUGAAGAUCUUCUCAACUCUGUUUAAGAAUGAACAGUGUAGACUGAAAAAACUGAAGUUUAAUUCUGUCUGUAUUACUGAAGAAGGUUGUGCUGUUCUGGUAUCAGCAUUCAAAUCAAAUCCUUCAAACCUGAUCGAGCUGGAUCUGAGUGGAAAUAAACUCGGAGACUCUGGAGUGACUCAAAUCUCCAGUCUACUGGGAAAUGUACAGUGUUCACUGCAGAUACUCAGACUGUCAGACUGCAGUAUCAGUGAAGAAGGUUAUAAAGCUCUGGCUUCAGCUCUGAGAUCAAACCCUUCACACCUGAUAGAGCUGGAUCUGACAGGAAAUGAUCCUGGACAAUCAGGAGUGAAGGAGCUCAGUGAUUUACUACAGGAUAAACAGUGUUCAUUAAAGACCGUCAGGUUUUUGAAAAGUCCUGCUGCACAGGAAGCGUGUGAGUACCUCACUAAAGUUCUGGGCACAAGUCCAUUAUUACUGACAGAACUGGAUCUGAGUGAAGAUAAAUUAGGAGAUCUGGAUGGAGAGAAGCUCUCUGCUCUUUUGGUGGACUCUCACAGCAAACUGGAGAAAAUGAAGCUGAAUAAUUGUGAGCUGACAGAGAAAAGCUGUUCAGUUCUAGCUACUGUUCUCUCCUCCAAAACCAUCCUGAAAGAGAUGAACCUGAACAACAGUCGUCUGCUGGACUCAGGAGUCAAAGUGAUCUGUGAGGGACUGAAGAAUCCUGUGUGUGAGCUGAAGAUACUCAAACUCUCAGAGUGCAGUAUCACAGAAGAAGGAUAUAAAACUCUGGCUUCAGCUCUGAGAUCAAACCCUUCACACCUGAUAGAGCUGGAUCUCACAGGAAAUGAUCCUGGACAAUCAGGAGUGAAGGAGCUCAGUGAUUUACUACAGGAUCCAAACUGUCAACUGAAGACACUGAGGUUUUUGGGUCCUACUGCAGAUGAAGCCUGUCAGUAUGUGAAAGGAAUUGUGGGUAAAAACCCAUUACUCCUGAGAAAACUGAAUCUGAGUGAAUGUAAGCUGCGAGUGAAUAAGAUCACUGCUCUACUGCAGGAUAAACACUGUAAACUCAACACACUGAUUCUGAAUAACAGCGAUAUCACAGAAGAAGAUUGUCGUGUUCUGACUGAAGCUUUAAAUUCAAACCCUUCAAAUCUGACAGAACUGAAUCUGAGUGAAACUAAACUCAGAGACUCGGGAAUGAAGAUCUUCUCAACUCUGUUUAAGAAUGAACAGUGUAGACUGAAAAAACUGAAGUUUAAUUCUAUCUGUAUUACUGAAGAAGGUUGUUCUGUUCUGGUAUCAGCAUUCAAAUCAAAUCCUUCAAACCUGAUCGAGCUGGAUCUGAGUGGAAAUAAACUCGGAGACUCUGGAGUGACUCAAAUCUCCAGUCUACUGGGAAAUGUACAGUGUUCACUGCAGAUACUCAGACUGUCAGACUGCAGUAUCACUGAAGAAGGUUAUAACGCUCUGGCUUCAGCUCUGAGAUCAAACCCUUCACACCUGAUAGAGCUGGAUCUCACAGGAAAUGAUCCUGGACAAUCAGGAGUGAAGGAGCUCAGUGAUUUACUACAGGAUCCAAACUAUCAACUGAAGACACUGAGGUUUUUGGGUCCAGCUGCAGAAGAAGCCUGUAAAUAUCUGACUGAAGUUCUUCACAUUAAAAACCCGUUACUCCUGAGAGAACUGAAUCUGAGUAAACAUGAACUAGGAGACACACGAGUGAAUCAGAUCUCUGCUCUACUGCAGGAUACACACUGUAAACUCAACACACUGAUGUUGAAGAAUAGCAGUAUCACAGAAGAAGGUUGUGCUGCUCUGAUUUCAGCGUUUGAUUCAAAUCCUUCAAACCUGAUCGAGCUGGAUCUGAGUGGAAAUAAACUCAGAAACUCAGGAAUGAAGAAGAUAUGUCUUCUGUUGAAAAAUCCUCAAUGCAAAUUCAUGAAACUGAAACUCUCAGACUGCAGUAUCACAGAAGAAGGUUAUAAAGCUCUGGCUUCAGCUCUGAGAUCAAACCCUUCACACCUGAUAGAGCUGGAUCUCACAGGAAAUGAUCCUGGACAAUCAGGAGUGAAGCAGCUCAGUGAUUUACUACAGGAUCAACAGUGUUCAUUAAAGACCGUCAGGUUUUUGAAAAGUCCUGCUGCACAGGAAGCGUGUGAGUACCUCACUAAAGUUCUGGGCACAAGUCCAUUAUUACUGACAGAACUGGAUCUGAGUGAAGAUAAAUUAGGAGAUCUGGAUGGAGAGAAGCUCUCUGCUCUUUUGAUGGACUCUCACAGCAAACUGGAGAAAAUGAAGCUGAAUAGUUGUGAGCUGACAGAGAAAAGCUGUUCAGUUCUAGCUACUGUUCUCUCCUCCAAAACCAUCCUGAAAGAGAUGAACCUGAACAACAGUCGUCUGCUGGACUCAGGAGUCAAAGAGAUCUGUGAGGGACUGAAGAAUCCUGUGUGUGAGCUGGAGAUACUCAAACUUUCAGACUGCAGUAUCACUGAAGAAGGUUAUAAAGCUCUGGCUUUAGCUCUGAGAUCAAACCCUUCACACCUGAUAGAGCUGGAUCUCACAGGAAAUGAUCCUGGACAAUCAGGAGUGAAGGAGCUCAGUGAUUUACUACAGGAUCCAAACUGUCAACUGAAGACACUGAGGUUGUUAAAAAAUUCUGCUGCAGAUGAAGCCUGUCAGUAUGUCAUUAAACAUCUGGGAAAAAACCCGUUACUCCUGAGAGAACUGAAUCUGAGUGAACGUAAACUAGGAGACACACGAGUGAAUCAGAUCGCUGCUCUACUGCAGGAUAAACACUGUACACUCAACACACUGAUUCUGUGGAAGUGUGGUCUAACAGAGGAAAGCUGUUCAGCUCUCGCUACAGUCCUGAGAUCAAACUCCAGUCUGAAAGAACUUGACAUGAGCAACAAUAAUCUGCAGGAUUCAGGAAUAAAGGAACUCCAGAACGGAUUAGAAAAUACAAAUUGUGCACUGGAGAAACUCAGACUCUCAGAGUGCAGUAUCACAGAAGAAGGAUAUAAAACUCUGGCUUCAGCUCUGAGAUCAAACCCUUCACACCUGAUAGAGCUGGAUCUCACAGGAAAUGAUCCUGGACAAUCAGGAGUGAAGGAGCUCAGUGAUUUACAACAGGAUCCAAACUGUCAACUGAAGACACUGAGGUUUUUGGGUCCUACUGCAGAUGAAGCCUGUCAGUAUGUGAAAGGAAUUGUGGGUAAAAACCCAUUACUCCUGAGAAAACUGAAUCUGAGUGAAUGUAAGCUGCGAGUGAAUAAGAUCACUGCUCUACUGCAGGAUAAACACUGUAAACUCAACACACUGAUUCUGAAUAACAGCGAUAUCACAGAAGAAGAUUGUCGUGUUCUGACUGAAGCUUUAAAUUCAAACCCUUCAAAUCUGACAGAACUGAAUCUGAGUCAAACUAAACUCAGAGACUCGGGAAUGAAGAUCUUCUCGACUCUGUUUAAGAAUGAACAGUGUAGACUGAAAAAACUGAAGUUUAAUUCUAUCUGUAUUACUGAAGAAGGUUGUUCUGUUCUGGUAUCAGCAUUCAAAUCAAAUCCUUCAAACCUGAUCGAGCUGGAUCUGAGUGGAAAUAAACUCGGAGACUCUGGAGUGACUCAAAUCUCCAGUCUACUGGGAAAUGUACAGUGUUCACUGCAGAUACUCAGACUGUCAGACUGCAGUAUCAGUGAAGAAGGUUAUAAAGCUCUGGCUUCAGCUCUGAGAUCAAACCCUUCACACCUGAUAGAGCUGGAUCUCAGAGGAAAUGAUCCUGGACAAUCAGGAGUGAAGGAGCUCAAUGAUUUACUACAGGAUCCAAACUGUCAACUGAAGACACUGAGGUUUUUGGGUCGUGCUGCAGAAGAAGCCUGUAAAUAUCUGACUGAAGUUCUUCACAUUAAAAACCCGUUACUCCUGAGAGAACUGAAUCUGAGUGAAUGUAAACUAGGAGACACAGGAGUGAAUCAGAUCUCUGCUCUACUGCAGGAUAAACACUGUACACUCAACACACUGAUGUUGAAGAAUAGCAGUAUCACAGAAGAAGGUUGUGCUGCUCUGAUUUCAGCGUUUGAUUCAAAUCCUUCAAACCUGAUCGAGCUGGAUCUGAGUGGAAAUAAACUCGGAAACUCAGGAAUAGAGAAGAUCUUUCUUCUGUUGAAAAAUCCUCAAUGCAAAUUCAUGAAACUGAAACUUUCAGACUGCAGUAUCACUGAAGAAGGUUAUAAAGCUCUGGCUUCAGCUCUGAGAUCAAACCCUUCACACCUGAUAGAGCUGGAUCUCAUAGGAAAUGAUCCUGGACAAUCAGGAGUGAAGGAGCUCAAUGAUUUACUACAGGAUCCAAACUGUCAACUAAAGACACUGAGGUUUUUGGGUCCUGUUGCAGAUGAAGCCUGCCAGUAUGUGACAGGAAUUGUAGGUAAAAACCUGUUACUCCUGAGAGAGUUGAAUCUGAGUGAAUGUGAACUAGGAGAGACACCGGUGAAUCAGAUCACUGCUCUACUGCAGGAUAAACACUGUAAACUCAACAAACUGAAUCUGUGUAAGUGUGGUCUAACAGAGGAUAGCUGUUCAGCUCUUGCUACAGUCCUGAGAUCAAACUCCAUUCUGAAAGAGCUUGACAUGAGCAAAAAUAAUCUGCAGGAUUCGGGAGUGAAGAAACUCCAGAACGGAUUAGAAAAUACAAACUGCAUACUCGAGAAACUCAGACUUUCAGACUGCAGUAUCACUGAAGAAGGUUAUAAAGCUCUGGCUUCAGCUCUGAGAUCAAACCCUUCACACCUGAUAGAGCUGGAUCUCACAGGAAAUGAUCCUGGACAAUCAGGAGUGAAGGAGCUCAAUGAUUUACUACAGGAUCCAAACUAUCAACUGAAGACACUGAAGUUUUUGGGUCCUGCUGCAGAUGAAGCCUGUCAGUAUGUGAAAGGAAUUGUGGGUAAAAUCCCGUUACUCCUGAGAGAGUUGAAUCUGAGUGAAUGUGAACUAGGAGACACACGAGUGAAACAGAUCGCUGCUCUACUGCAAGAUAAACACUGUAAACUCAACAAACUGAUUUUGAAUAACAGCAGUGUCACACCAGAAGAUUGUCGUGUUCUGACUGAAGCUUUAAACUCAAAUCCUUCAAACCUGAUAGAGCUGGAUCUGAGUGGAAAUAAACUAGGAGACUCAGGAAAUGAGACGAUCUGUCACCUGUUGGAAAACACACAGUGCAAAUUGGAAAAACUGAAACUUUCAGACUGCUGUAUCACAGAAGAAGGUUAUAAAGCUCUGGCUUCAGCUCUGAGAUCAAACCCUUCACACCUGAUAGAGCUGGAUCUGACAGGAAAUGAUCCUGGACAAUCAGGAGUGAAGGAGCUCAAUGAUUUACUACAGGAUGAAUGCUGUAAAUCGAAGUCCAUCAGGUUUCUGAAAAGUCCUGCUGCAGAGGAAGCAUGUGAUUAUCUCACUAAAGUUCUGGGUACAAGUCCAUUAUUACUGACAGAACUGGAUCUGAGUGAAGAUAAAUUAGGAGAUCUGGAUGGAGAGAAACUUUCUGCCCUUUUGAUGGACUCCCAUAGUAAACUGGAGACAAUGAAGCUAAAUAAUUGUGAGUUGACAGAGAAAAGCUGUUCAGUUCUAGCUACUGUUCUCUCCUCCAAAACCAUCCUGAAAGAGAUGAACCUGAACAACAGUCGUCUGCUGGACUCAGGAGUCAUAGAGAUCUGUGAGGGAUUGAAGAAUCCUGUGUGUGAGCUGGAGAUACUCAAGCUCAGUGACUGUGAUCUAAAUGAGGAAAGCUGUUCAGCUCUUGCUUCAGUUCUCAGUUCAGACUCCAGCAGUCUGAGGGAUCUUGAUCUGAGCAAUAAUAAUCUGAAGGAUUCAGAAGUGAAGCUGCUCUCUGAUGGACUGAAAGGGAACUGUCAACUAAAGAAACUCAGACUGUCAGACUGCAGUAUCACAGAAGAAGGUUAUAAAGCUCUGGCUUCAGCUCUGAGAUCAAACCCUUCACACCUGAUAGAGCUGGAUCUCAGAGGAAAUGAUCCUGGACAGUCAGGAGUGAAGCAGCUCAGUGAUUUACUACAGGAUCCAAACUAUUCACUGAAGACACUGAGGUUUCUGAGAAGUCCUGCUGCAGAAGAAGCCUGUCAGUAUGUGACAGGAAUUGUGGGUAAAAACCCAUUACUCCUGAAAGAACUGAAUCUGAGUGAACAGAAGCUAGGAGACACACGAGUGAAACAGAUCUGUGCUCUACUGCAGGAUAAACACUGUCAACUCAACACACUGAUUCUGCGUAGAUGCAGUAUCACACAGAAACAGUGUCUCAUCCUGACUUCAGCUCUGUGUUCAAACCUUUCACACCUGAGAGAACUGGACCUGAGUGGAAAUAAAAUAGAAAACACAGGAGUGAAGCAUGUCUCUGAAACACUGAAGGAUUCAGACUGUAAACUGGAGAGAUUGAGGUUAAGAUACUGUGAUAUAACAGAUGAAGGUUGUUCAGCUCUGACUUCAGCUCUGAAAUCAAACCCAUCACACCUGAGAGAACUGGACCUGAGUGAGAAUGAACUAGGAGACUCUGGAGUUAAAAACCUCAGUGAUCUACUGAAGAACCCACAAUGCAAGCUGGAAAUACUAGCUCUGUGUAGAUGCAGUAUUAAAAAGAAGCAGUGUGUCUUCCUGACUUCAGCUCUGAAAUCAAACCCAGCACACCUGAGAGAACUGGACCUCAGUGGAAAUGAACUUAAACACACAAGAGUGAAUACAUUUUAUGAUAUACUGAAGGAUUCACGAUUAAAACUGGAAAGAUUGAGGUUAAGGUCUUGUGAUAUAAAAGCUGAUGAUUGUUCUGCACUGACUUCAGCUCUGAAAUCAAACCCAUCACAUCUGAGAGAACUGGACCUGAGUGAGAAUGAACUAGGAGACUCUGGAGUGAAACACCUUGGUGUUCUGUUGAGCAGUUCACAAAGCAAGCUGGAGAAACUACAUCUGUGUGGAUGCAGUAUCACACAGAAACAGUGUCUCAUCCUGACCUCAGCUCUGUGUUCAAACCUUUCACACCUGAGAGAACUGGACCUGAGUGGAAAUAAAAUAGAAAACAGAGGAGUGAAGAUCUUAUGUGACGUACUGAAGAAAACACACUGUAAACUGGAGCGAUUGAGUCUAAAUGACUGUGGCAUUACAGAUGUUUCUUCUUUAACUCGGACUUUGGCUGAAACUGAAGCACUGCAGUUUUUAAAAGAGCUUGAUCUGAGUAAUAAUAAUGUAGGAGACUCAGAGAAGAAGCUCAUUGAUGUGCUACGAGACUCAAACUGUAAACUGAGUCUGGAGAGAGGACAUCCGCUCUUGAGAGCUGGUGUGAAGUACUUUAGUGGAUGGUUGACUGGGUCUAAAGCUCCGGAGGAUCCUGUGAAAUCAACAGAUCAAGAAAAGUGAAUUAGAAGAAAGAGGUGGAUUAGUAAGAAUACAAGUCUAGUAUUAAGACCUUCAUCAUCAUGAUGUCAAGAUUAAUCUCAUCCAUAAUGAAAUUAUUAAAAUAUUGCUGAUCAUGACUGUGAAUUUAAUUUAGCAUUUCUAUAUAAAAAGACAUAAACUGAAAGUCUAAAAUCAAAAUGUAAUUAAUAUGAGCUAUUAAUUAAUAUUAAUUAAUUAAUAUGAGCAGAUUCAAAUCAGUGAUCUAUAAUAGUCAUUUUUAGAGAUCAGUGGUCCUGUUGUAUUUAUAUUUCUUUAUACCAUUAAUUUAUUUGACGUUUAUGCAUGUUUUACAUUACAUUUCUCUGACACUUUAUAGUAGAACUUAUUUUAAGUUCAGUAUCUGUCUCAUGACAUGACAACAUGUCUCUGUACAUAAGAUAAAGUUUUUACUGAUGUAAGAGUUGUGGAUGAAUAUUACGUGCUUUCAGUCACUAGUUCUGAUUGUACAUCGAAUGCUUUUUGUUUAGUGAUUUUAAUCUUAAAACAUUGUGUUGUAAUGUUUUGGCAUAUUGUAACUAUACAAAUAAAAAAACUUGAUCAUA